ACACCAACAGCACCACCACAGCCAGCAUCUGAUUACUCCCUGUGCGCAAUGGAGCCAGCGGGGUGGCAGCAGCGUCUGCCGUUCUGCGAGCGGCUGCCCAAGGUGGAGCUGCACGCGCACCUCAACGGCUCCAUCCGCGACUCCACCAUCAGGGAGCUAGCGGAGAAGCGGCAAGCAGAGGCCCCCCUGGUGGCAGAGGACGCACUCCGACUCACUAAUAAAGGGCAGCGCAGUCUAGCGGAGUGCUUCAAGCUGUUUGCAGUUAUUCACAGCCUCACCACGGACCACACCACCAUCACCCGCAUCACACACGAGGUGGUGGAGGACUUUGCAGCUGACAACGUGUGCUACCUGGAGCUGCGCACCACGCCCAAGAGCAACCCCGGUGCGGGCAUGUCGAAGCAGUCGUACAUUGAGGCCGUGCUGGCAGGGCUGCUGCCCUUCAUGCGCGCCGAGACCGCAUGGCUCGACGCCCGCAACAAGCACCAAGGUCCCCCCAGCAGCGCUGCAUCAGGCAUGCCCAUUGUGGUGCGCUUGGUGCUGUCCAUCGACCGGAGGGAGAGCACUCAGGGUGCGCUGGACACGGUUCGUCUGGCAGUGCAACUGCGCUCUCAGGGAGUGGUAGGCAUUGAUCUGUCCGGCAACCCCUCCAUCGGCCAAUGGUCCACUUACCUCCCUGCUCUCCAGCUUGCUCGCUCUCACGGCCUUCCCAUCACCGUCCACUUUGCAGAGGUGCCCAACGAGAGUGAGUCGCAAGCAGUGCUGGACUUUGCACCGGACCGACUAGGCCACGCCUGCUGCCUCCCCACCCACCUCUCUCAAGCCCUGCUGCAAUCUCGUAUUCCGGUGGAGCUGUGCCUCACUUCUAAUGUGCGCACGGAGAGUGUCACGGCUUAUGGCAACCACCACUUCGACUACCUGUACCGCGCAUCUCACCCUGUUGCCAUCUGCACUGACGACUCGGGCGUAUUCAGCACCACUCUCUCGCGUGAAUAUGCACUCGCUGCAGCUGCGUUCAACCUAAGUGAUGACCACCUCAUGGAGCUUGCACACAAUUCUAUUGACUUUGCCUUCUUGCCUUGUGAAGCCAGAAAACUACUGUGUUGUAUUUUCCAAGAGCAGCUCACCCAUCUUUCAAACAUGCAAUCUGUGUUAGAAUACUAGAAUAAUUUGAAACAAGAGAGAACAAGGGAGAUAUAGUAUUGGGGUUGUACCCUCUAAGAGCAUACACCUAUCUAGCAGGGCCUCAGAUUGGUUUUGAGGUACCCUGAUUGCUCAGGGUCCCCCCCCCAUGUUUACCCUGAUUUUUCAGGGCUCCAAAAAAAAAUUCCGCUGAGU